AUGAACCUGGAGGGCAGCAGCCGAGGCGGCGAGUUCGGCAUGAGCUCCGUGAGCUGCGGCAACGGGAAGCUCCGCCAGUGGCUGAUCGACCAGAUCGACAGCGGCAAGUACCCCGGGCUGGUGUGGGAGAACGAGGAGAAGAGCAUCUUCCGCAUCCCCUGGAAGCACGCGGGCAAGCAGGACUACAACCGCGAGGAGGACGCCGCGCUCUUCAAGGCUUGGGCGCUGUUUAAAGGAAAGUUUCGGGAAGGCAUCGACAAGCCGGACCCUCCUACCUGGAAGACACGUCUGCGAUGCGCUCUGAACAAGAGCAACGACUUCGAGGAACUGGUGGAGCGCAGCCAGCUGGACAUCUCUGAGCCCUACAAGGUGUACAGGAUCGUGCCUGAGGGGGCCAAGAAAGGAGCGAAGCAGCUGACCCUGGAGGAGCCACAGGUGCCCAUGACCCACCCGUACAGCAUGCCGGCUCCCUACUGCUCACUCCCAGCCCAGCAGGCUCACACCUACAUGAUGCCGCCCCACGACCGAGGCUGGAGAGAGUUCGUCCCUGAUCAGCCCCACCCGGAGACCCCAUAUCAGUGUCCUGUGACCUUCGGGCCUCGCAGCCACCACUGGCAAGGCCCAGCCUGUGAAAACGGUUGCCAGGUGACAGGAACCUUUUAUGCUUGUGCCCCGCCCGAGUCCCAGGCCCCCGGGAUCCCCAUAGAGCCAAGCAUAAGGUCUGCCGAAGCCUUGGCACUCUCAGACUGCCGGCUCCACAUUUGCCUGUACUACCGGGAAGUCCUGGUGAAAGAGCUGACCACGUCCAGCCCCGAAGGCUGCCGGCUCUCCCACGCCCACACCUAUGAUGCCAGCAGCCUGGACCAGGUCCUCUUUCCCUACCCGGAGGACAACGGCCAGAGGAAGAACAUCGAGAAGCUGCUGAGCCACCUGGAAAGGGGCGUGGUCCUCUGGAUGGCCCCCGACGGGCUUUACGCCAAGAGGCUGUGCCAGAGCAGGGUCUACUGGGACGGGCCCCUGGCACUGUGCAGCGACCGGCCCAACAAGCUGGAGAGAGACCAGGCCUGCAAGCUCUUUGACACGCAGCAGUUCCUAUCAGAGCUCCAAGCCUUUGCUCACCACGGCCGGCCUCUGCCAAGGUUCCAGGUGACGCUGUGCUUCGGGGAAGAGUUUCCAGAUCCCCAGAGGCAACGGAAGCUCAUUACUGCUCACGUCGAACCUCUGCUAGCCAGGCAGCUGUAUUAUUUUGCUCAGCAAAACAGUGGACAUUUCCUGAGAGGCUACGACUUACCCGAGCACGUCAGCAGCCCCGAGGAUUUCCACAGGCCCAUCCGCCACUCCGCCAUCCAAGAGUGAGAGCGCCAAGACCAGAGACGCUGCUUCACUGUAAAGAAAGAGAACAGCUGACUGAAGCCCUACUUUUUCUUUUGAGGAAUGUGGAAACUGGGGCUUCAGUCCCACACCUGAGGAAAACAUUUAAUUGGCAGAUGAGCUUUUUCCAAAAGGAAGAAUGGUAUUCAGGGUCUUCUGUAGACCCUGACGAUAAUGUGAAAACUCACUAAAAUGUGUUUACAUUUACUGAAAUGCCAUGUCCAGUUUGAUGUGGACUCUUUCUUGCGUGAAGACUGAGAAACCUGUGUUUCAGUGCUGACCACUAAGGACGGCAUGAAGGCGCCCAAGUGCCGUUCUGUUUCUCAGGGAAGUAGAACCUAAGUUUGAGUCUGCUCUGCCCACAGGAGAAAUGUACCAACACCUGUGGAUGGCUGCUCUGUAGGAAAUGCUUGCUGAUAGAAGGACACAGACUCAGCCCUGGGGGUCCCUCCCCAGGAUGGCCCCCGCCCACCUCCCAUCCACGCUCCCUAUGGCCCCAGAAGCCAGUAGGCAAGACUCUGCCAUGUUUUCUUGAGCCAAAAGCAUUAGAGCCGCCCUGAAUAGCAUUUUGUCUACUAAUGACUGGUUAAGAUAGUUGUCUUUUUAUCUCUCAUUCUAUAGAAAUUAUUGCUAAAUUUUUUUUCUUAAAAACAGCAACAAAAAAAGACAGAUCAACAGUCCAAGUAC